CGGUUAUCAAAAUCUCCGAGCUGCUAUCUUACCAUCUUACGGCAGGGAAGUAGAAGCACCACAUAGGAGGUAGAGGUAUGGAUAACUACCUAAACUACCUAGGCAUGUCUUGUUUUGAACCCACCCGAGAUCGUGUAUUAUUUUGAUGCUGUGCUGCAUCCACAACGCGAAUAUCGGUGUUGGUCCGAAAAUACUCCCCCAUCCUUGCUGUUUUAUCCGCCAUCCUCGUAUCGGAUCAAAGCUCAAAGCUUAUUUAGCAUUAGGUAUGCAGUAGGCUGAUUGCAAAUGCGUGGCUUUUGGCAGCUUGAGUUAUUGUUAUUGUUAUUACCUACCUCUUGGGAGGUAUGUAAGAUGUUGAGCAAUACGUGCGUCAGCGGCCAUGGCUGCAAAUAUCACGCGGUUCAGGCUGCGAGUAUCCAUACCCAAAAGUACGUAUUGUGCGUAGUCCGCCAAAAAAGACUGCGUUGGGGAAUGCAAAUAGAAGGUCGAGAUUGCUACGAGUAUGUUGGUUUGUGCCUGGCAGGAUCUGCCAGCCUCGGAGGAUACGACAAGGAUUAUCGGGGUUAUUACAGUGUGAUUGUUGUUCAGUUACCAUAUUUUUUUACAUAGUACAUCAAUCCCCUUGUGAUAAUUGCCAUAAUUAUUUUUGAAGACCUUACCUUACCUACCCUAAGAUCGGUUUAAUAAGGGGCUAAAACCGAAAAGGAGCAAUCUAAAAUACAUAUCCAGGAAUAGUACUGGGAACAAGUACUGAUCUAGGAAUACCUACACACACCUCUAGGUACCUAAGGUAAUUAUCUCGGAACUUUUGAAUUUU